GCGGUCGAGGCCGCGGUUCCGAGGGCACUGCCCCGGCAAGUUGGAGCCGCGAGGGCCCGCGGGUCCCAGGGCGGUCCCAGUAACCCUAGCGCAAGUGACCUGGACGCCGCUGCCUCCUGCCCGCACCAUGACCCAGCCCGUGCCCCGGCUCUCUGUGCCCGCCGCGCUGGCCCUGGGCUCGGUCGCGCUGGGCGCUGCCUUCGCCAGCGGCCUCUUCCUGGGGAGACGGUUCCCUCCAUGGCGAUCCCGGCGAGAGAAGCGCCUGCUGCCCCCUGAGGACAGCCCCCUGUGGCAGUAUCUGCUGAGCCGCUCCAUGCGGGAGCACCCGGCGCUGCGGAGCCUGCGGCUGCAGCUGACCCUGGAGCAGCCGCAGGGGGAUUCCAUGAUGACCUGUGAGCAGGCCCAGCUCUUGGCCAACCUGGCUCGCCUCAUCAAGGCUAAGAAGGCGCUGGACCUGGGCACUUUCACAGGCUACUCAGCCCUAGCGUUGGCUCUGGCGCUGCCCCCGGCCGGGCGCGUGGUGACCUGCGAGGUGGACGCAGGGCCCCCGGAGCUGGGACGUCCCCUGUGGAGGCAGGCCGAGGAGGAGCACAAGAUCGAACUUCGGUUGAAACCCGCCCUGGAGACCCUGGGUGAGCAACGGAGCGGAAAGGGCCUUGGCGCCAUUUCCCAAAUGGGACCACCCGGCGCGAGACGAGCUCCUGGCCGCGGGCGAGGCCGGCACCUUCGACGUGGCCGUGGUGGAUGCGGACAAGGAGAACUGCACCGCCUACUACGAGCGGUGCCUGCAGCUGCUGCGACCCGGAGGCGUCCUCGCUGUGCUCAGUGUCCUGUGGCGUGGAGAGGUGUUGCAGCCUAAACCGCAGGACAAGGCGGCCCAGUGUGUGCGAAACCUGAAUGAGCGCAUUCUGCGGGACGCCAGGGUCCACAUCAGCCUCCUGCCCCUGGGCGACGGCCUCACCUUAGCCUUCAAGAUCUAGGGCUGGCCCCUAGCGAGUGGCCUCAAGGGAGGGGCCCUGGGACCCCCAGCCAUCAACACCGAGUUUUAAAUCUGACAAUAAAGUGAGGCCUGGGACACGA